CGAAUGCCAUUUUCCUCUUUUUACGUGCCUUCUUUCAGGAUAAUACUUUUAUUAUUUACAAAUUGGCCACACCAAAUUUAAAAUAAUUAAAAAAACGAACCUAAUUUUAGAAAGUAGAUUCUAAAACAACCCCAGACCCACAUGAUGAUUUAGUAGUUGCCACCUUUUUCUCCACCACUUAGCUUUACUCUCAAACAAGUCUCAUAGAGAUUCGUUGAAGACAGAGACAAAUAGAGAGAGAGUGAGAUGUCUACUUCCGAUCAACCUCGCCACCAUCGACCGACACGCAACCGCCCACCUCUGCCACGACCGCCUAAUCCUUCUCGUCCCGUGGUACCUCUAUCAAAGGUCUCGAAGCGUGUGCUUCUCCGUGUAGCUUCCGUCGCGUGCGGGAUCCAGUUCGGCUGGGCGCUCCAGCUCUCGCUCCUCACCCCUUACGUGCAGGAGCUAGGGAUCCCGCACGCUUGGGCCAGCGUGAUCUGGCUCUGCGGUCCGCUCUCUGGCUUGUUCGUGCAACCUCUCGUUGGCCACAGUAGCGACAGGUGUAAGAGCAAGUACGGUCGCCGGAGACCGUUUAUAGUCGCCGGAGCUGUGGCGAUCGCCAUCUCGGUUUUGAUUAUUGGACACGCGGCGGAUAUAGGGUGGGCGCUUGGGGAUAGAGAAGGGAGGAUUAAGCCGAGGGCGAUUGUUGCUUUUGUGUUGGGGUUUUGGAUCCUUGAUGUUGCUAAUAACAUGACUCAAGGUCCUUGUAGAGCUCUCCUUGCUGAUCUUACUGAGAAUGAUAAUCGCAGAACCAGAGUAGCAAACGGCUACUUCUCUCUCUUUAUGGCUGUUGGCAAUAUUCUUGGCUACGCUACUGGAUCAUACAACGGUUGGUACAAGGUCUUCCCUUUCACCAAGACCGUUGCAUGCAAUGUGGAAUGCGCUAAUCUCAAGUCUGCUUUCUACAUAGACGUAGUCUUUAUCGCAAUAACUACCGUCUUGAGCAUCUCAGCGGCUCAUGAGGUGCCUCUCGGGGCGUUGGCCUCUGACGCACACGGGCAAUCCAGUGGAACAGAUGAAGCCUUUCUUACUGAGAUACUAGGCACUUUCAAAUAUUUUCCAGGAAGUGUUUGGAUAAUUUUGCUUGUCACAGCUCUGACGUGGAUUGGUUGGUUUCCGUUUAUUUUGUUUGAUACUGAUUGGAUGGGUAGAGAGAUCUACGGUGGUGAACCGAACCAAGGAGCUUCGUAUAGUGCUGGUGUGAGUAUGGGUGCGCUUGGUUUGAUGUUGAAUUCUGUUUUUCUUGGGAUCACUUCGGUGCUCAUGGAGAAACUUUGUAGAAAGUGGGGAGCUGGUUUUGUUUGGGGGAUAUCGAACAUCAUUAUGGCUAUUUGCUUUCUUGCGAUGAUCGCUACCUCGUUUGUUGCGUACCAUAUUGGCUACAUUGGCCAUGAACAGCCGCCUGCUGGGAUCGUCGUUGCUGCUGUUUUAAUCUUUACAGUUUUGGGCAUCCCGUUGGCAAUAACUUACAGUGUCCCAUAUGCGUUGAUCUCCAUACGUAUUGAGUCCUUGGGCCUAGGUCAAGGCUUAUCUUUGGGUGUGCUGAAUUUGGCUAUUGUCAUCCCACAGGUGAUUGUGUCUGUUGGCAGUGGCCCAUGGGACCAACUAUUCGGAGGUGGGAAUUCACCAGCACUUGCAGUUGGAGCAGCUGCAGGUUUCAUUGGCGGAAUUGUAGCCAUCUUGGCUAUUCCACGAACAAGGAUUCAGAAGCCCAUCCCUCUCCCAUAACAUCCUCUCUUUUUCGCUAUAAAAGGAGACUUAGCGAAGGAACGCAUAAAGAGUGGUGUGUGAAGGCAUGGUGGAAGAUUGGCAAGGAGAUGCACCACUUAUUGUGUGAUCCUUGUUGAAUUCGUGCAAUGGCCUUCUUCUCGUGUGACUAACUUAGCUGCAGCGUCUAGGACCUAACUCCCUCUGCUUUGGGGCUAUGAUCCUUCUGUCCACGAGGAGCCAUAGAAGUUUACCCAACGAAAUAAUAACACAUCAUUCAGUUUGUUGUGAGGUAUAUGUUGGAAGCCCCCAAAUCGGGUUCUUCUCUGUUUCUUUGUUGUCUACCUAAGGUUUUUCCAGUUAACCACGUUCUUGUAAAUUAAAGUGAUACCCUGUGUACCAAUGGAGAGUUUGAACGGAUACUAAAAUUUCCGAAAAUGUUUUAUGUUCUUUUUCCUGAAA